GUAUUGCUGAUGGACACCCAAGGAACAUUCGAUAGCCAGUCAACAACGAAAGAGAGCACCACGAUCUUCUCUCUUUCCAUGUUGACCAGCUCUGUGCAGAUUUACAAUGUAAUGAGCAACAUCAGCGAGAACGAUCUUCAGCACCUUCAGUUUUUUACUGAGUACGGGAGGCUUGCACAGAAGGCAAACGGAACAAAGGCCUUUCAAAAGCUCUUGUUCCUGGUUCGUGACUGGGACCGGCCGCAGAACUUUGUGUUUGGCUCCCGUGGUGGCAAAGCACUAAUCGACAGCCGUCUAAACAUCGAAGAAAAACAAGCUACAGAGCUGAAGACACUGAGGCAAAAGAUAUUAUCUUCUUUUUCGGUCAUCGACGGCUUCCUACUGCCUCACCCGGGAAAGAAGGUGACGCGCGAUGAGUCGUUCGAUGGACGUCUUGCCGACAUUGACGAAGAGUUUCGGGAGAAUCUUCAAGAGUUAGUUGCUUCCGUCCUCGCACCCGAGAACCUGUUGGUUAAGCUGGCUAAUGGUAAAAUAUUAUCGUGCGAGCAUUUGAUGACCUUCUUCAAGGCUUAUGUGGAGGUCUUCAAAGGAAGUGAUUUGCCAGAGCCUCUAACCGCGCUUCUUGCGACUGCAAACGCAACCAAUGUGGCCGCCGUGGACAAAGCUAAAAGGCAUUAUAUGUUUGAAAUGAAAAAUAGGCCUCGAAGAAGUCUGGACGAACUGCGUGAGUUUCAUCGUGUGAAGCUGGCAGAGGCAAAGAAAGUGUUCAAUGACUUUCCAAAGUUGGAUGGCGGCGCAAUUUCACUCACAUCCAUGAAUGACCUUACAAAGGACCUUGAAGAAUUGUUCAAUCACUUCAUCAAGGACGCGGAGGAGACCAUCAAAAAGGAGCAGGAAGAGGAAGCAAAAAGAGAGAGGGAACGAGACGAGGAGCGGAAAAGGGAAGAACAAAGGGAAAGGGAACGAAUUCUGGAGAAACAAAAUGCAGAGGCAAGAGAAGCGGAAAUGCAGAGAGAAAGAGAGAAAAUGAAUAAGAAGCAAAAGGAGACUGAACAAGAACGAGAUAGAGAGAAAGAAAGGGCAGAGAAAAGUGAAAGAGAGAAAGAGGAAAUGAGCAAGAAGUUGGCAGACUUGGCGAAAAAUCUAGAGGACGCGAUAAAGGAGAGAGAAUCCACCAGUACCUGGCGAGACGUCCUAGAUGCGACCGAAUUAGCUGCAGACCUGUUAGGUGCGGGCUUCAUGCCUGGGUCGCGCGGAGGAAACCCUUUCUUAUUCAGGAGGCUCGCACGGCGUGUCCUUAAUAACCCCAGGUUUUCAUUUGAAUGAUAUCCUGAAGAACAUGCCCGUUCAAUCAGCAGCUUGUCCGCAGCAUAUACGCGCGAUUAAUGGAACAACUAGUUUAGUUGUUAUAGUUAUUUCCUUUCUACACUUUUUCAGUGCGCAGCGCUAUGCUGUGACGUAAAGAAAAUAUUAGUUUCAAUAAAAACAUAUGACAGCUAGAAAAAAAUGUGGCCUCUCUAUAUUUUUGUAAUUAUUUGCAGACACAGAACACUGUUUUCUUGUUUCUACAUAACUGCACCAUUAACAACCUGAUCCUAAAUGCAACAUUCAGCCAUGAUCAAAUUAUCAGGCACUGUAGUAAUGUAAGGAAAACGUGUAUGUACCAUGUUUUCGAGGAUUAAAACGGGACGAGAGGGGGAAAAGAUAUCCGUUCUGAGAAUACCUUCCACUGAAGUUAACUGUUUGGGAAAAUCACCUUUUGCUUUGAAGGUAGUGUAAGGUUCGGAGAAACUAGAGAGCCGGGGGGAGGUCGUUGGUGCCUGUAUGCCCGCAACGUCGCCCGCGCACAGAGAGAAUGCGCGGGGGUGGCAGACGGUUCCGACCUGGGCAAGAACAAUGCCACCAAAAGAAGACAGCCGGUGGCGGCAACUCUCCCGAGUAUGCUAUCACGGAAGGAAUCCAAAUAUCAACCCUCCCCUUCGGUAGAGCCCUUUCCCCGCAGGUGCAGCUGCGUGGACGCAGCUACAGGGAAGGCGCGCCAAGAUCGGCGAGACCACGUGACUGCUAAACCAGGUGCGCAAGGGGGGACGAAAAAGCUUGACCGUGAGAAUAAGGCCAUUCUGGUUUGAGCGGUGUUACUGCUAUGCAUUACUCGGGUAUCCCGAGGUUUGGACGACGUCUAAUGUAGACGGCCAGAACUUGUAAAUACGUUGUAAAUAUGCUCUUGUGACCACUUCUGUACAUAAAACUGCUUUCUCCAAGAUCGCCAAGCCUCUGCUUGCAAGUCGCCGCAACGACCGUUUCGGACGGGGCACCUCGGGUGUGAAAUCUUCACAAGCCUGGUGGUCAGCCUCUGGCUGAAUCGCGAUCAUAGGAUCGCUGGU